AAAGAAAGAACGGGAGAAGGGAAGGGAGGGAGGCCCGGCCCGCAGCGCAAGCCAGGAGCCUUGGCCCUGCCUGAUCCUUCGCCCCGCUGCCGGAGGCGGCUGGCCCUGGCUCCCCGGCGGGUCCCUGGCAUGUGAGCGGGCAGGGCUGCGGGCGCUGCCGGCCCCUCACGGCCUCCUGAGCGUGCAUUUCCUCGCCGGCACACACAAACACAGCCCAGGGCUCGCCUCCGCCUGGACUGCAGACAUGAGACUCCAGCUGCUGCUUUGGGUCGUGGCCGUGCUCCUGGCGAGCCUCCUCCCAGCCUACGGACAGCGGCCAGCCAACCUGGCCCUGCGCAGGAAGCUCCACCGGCACGGCUGCUCCCACCGGCGCUGCGUGCCGCUCCACUCCAGGGUGCCCUUCCCCUGAGCCCCGGCGGAGCGCGGCCAGAAACUUCAUACUGGACCUUUCAGUGUUUUAAAGGAGCAACAGUUAAACUGAUAAGAGAAGUCUGUUACAAGUCCAGAUCAACAACAGCUGACCUGAUAGCCACUACUGUCCCAUCUUCAGCAGUCCUGUCUGUCACAUUCUACUGGACCUGGACUAAAGGCCCCAGUCUCACACCCUAAGAACUGGUGGGGGGAGAAGGGUGGUGAUGGGGGAUGUACAGGGACUUACUUGGUUGAAUCAUUCCCUGCAAAUUAUUUGUCUCUCACAAUCAGAAAUGAAAGUUAAAGAUCAAAUCAAACAUCAGGUACUUGAGCUAGAUUUCCAGGGGCAGUAAGAAGGGAGGAUUUGUCCAAGGGCACUCUUGAUGGUAUAUGAUGUUCAGACUGAGUGAAAUUGAAAGUGCUGUUGACUACUCAGUUCAGGCUGUGUAUACAGCAGUGUUGAGGAUGAAAUAGUAUCAGACUCCAGCAAGGAAUUGUGAAAGUCCAUUUUUUGUUUAUAUUUCUAUAUAUUAAUAAUAUAUUCACAUGUGUUUUAACAUCUAACAUUACAUCUUUAUGGAAUUGCCUUAAUAACAUAGAAUGCAUUACUUUAAUAGUACCAAAGUCAGCACCACAGUAGGGGUCCCACUGGCUUCAUGUAUAGUAAGCAUAGUAAGAGUUUACAAUAUAAGAAAGCAAAGAGGGUGUUAUCCCUCAUUCUAUAGCUGGAGAAUUGAAGCACACAGAGAUAAGAGAUUACCCAAGGGUCAUGCAAAACUGAUAACUCAGAUCUCUCAAGCCAGGCCUUAAGGUCAAGCCCAUCUUCCUGUCUAAUGAGCUGUUACUGCAAAGCCUAUCAUUUGUUUUCUUAAACUGGGCUGCCAAACCAGACAGUUAAAACAUGCCUAAAAAUUCAGUACUACAGAGCUAUUUGCUUAACAGUAGUUUUCCUAAAAUACCCACUAAAGUAUUAUAAAUAGAGCAUAAAAAUAGACCAUUGAAAAGAAACCUUUGUUUGGUCAGCCUGAGUGUUGCAUAGGACUCUAUUCCUGUAAUUUACAUGAAUGGGAUAUUUGAACAUAGCACUACAAUGAAUGAGGACUUCAAACACAAAACAGGCUGUUCUUUUCAGCACUGGAAGUCAAGAAUACAUUCAGCUUUUAGUCUGAGUUUUGCUCUUAAAAAGAUAUGCUUCACAUCUGCCUUUUAUAUUAGCAGAAAUUACCUACCUACAUAUAAAGGAAAAGAUGUUAGCCCUUUCAUUAGCAUAACUAAAACUACCUGAAAAUAAAACAUACCCAGAUUUUAAGUCAUUGCACCAGACUUGAAAUGUCAACAUUUUUCACAAAAUAUAUAAAGACAAGCAAAGAUCAGAAGUGUUGUGGUGGUUUAAAUCUGGUAUUACAUUUUUUUCUUACAACAUACGGUUUCUAAUUAAUGAAGGAACAGCAAUUAAAAAAACUGGAUAGCUGAAACUUUCUAAUCAGUGUGCAUACACAACCCCUUAUCUCUAAGAACUUGAAACCUUACUUGAAUUCAAGCAGGCAGAGUUUAACAGGAGUUACAAAUUUCUCUACCUGAAAGAAAAAUAAAAUUGAACCAGACCCAGUUCUGGAGUUGUGUAAAACCAUCAUAAAAGGAUGGUCAAACUUACCUAAAUCAACAAACAGUCCUGCAGGUAAACUUUUAGAGUCUUGGAAAAAAAACCACAAAAAACCAAAACCAAAACAAAAACAAAAAAAAAAACCCAACAGUUUCCCAGAGGCAUUCUACCACAUAUAUAUAUAUAAAAAUUAUUUAUUUAACUUGGCUUUGAUAUCUAUUCUUGGCUAUCUCUGUUUAGAAGUACAGGUAAAGAGUGUGGGAAAGCAAUAAAGGUGAAGAGUAGCUCUUUAACAGUUAUGUCUUAUGAAUGAGUAUAUGGAUCUACUGUGGCACUGGAUCUUACAUAAAACCACAAUUAUAGAGUUAAAUCUGAUCAAAUUGUAAAAAAUACUUAAUAUAUCUAUCAGAAAGCUAUAAAUGUAUGUUCUUUCACAGAAGAAAAAAUAAAACACCACCCUAGGAAGCCUGCUAUAAGUCUACAAAAUUAUUCUAAAUAUCUGUUCUUUAAAGGCAUUCUGAUACCAUAAAAUCUGCUUUGAAAAAGGCAUCUAUUGUGAACUUUGGUAGAUAUGUUUAUCAACUAGCUGGUUGAUUGUAUAUUUUGUAAAAAGAUAGUAUGUAUUUCAAAUAAUAUCUUACUUGAAAUUUUGUACACUCCUCAAAGUCUGUAUUCUUCAGCUGUCAAAGGCAAUGCAUCUAAAGAAAAUUGAGAACUUG